AAGUAUCCCGGCCAUUUUGCAAUUUAAGCGGCAUGAACGAUUGAGUUUUUUUCAUCAUCGUCGUUGUUGGUCGUAUAAUAGAUGUGUCUGAUAUUAAAAUUGUUCCAAUAUCAAAAGUUAAUUAUGAUUGUGAUUUGUUGAAAUAUUGUAAAAAGAACAAAACGUUUGACAAUUCCUCGAUUUGUAAAUUUCGGGACGGAAUUUUUUUUUUAAUAUCAAGUGUCAAAGUUUUACACCAUAUCAAACUCCAAUCAGUUCAACAACACACAUAUUUUAAGAAAAGAAAAUGCAACGGAGUGCAAUUUAAACGUUUUUUGUGUGGAGAACAGAAUUUUUUUGGGUCUCUUGGUCUGUUCGCAAGGCGAACGUAGAACCGACACCGAAUUACAAAAAUAUAAAUACUGUAAGAUUCUCACACAGUAUUUGUGAGUAUUUUUUUUUGUAGAAAGCCAUAACUGAAAUCGCAAUACCCAUUCGCUGCAUACAUUUCACUUUGCUGUUCGUAAUACUAUCAAAUCGAAGAAUUCAACCAUAGACAAGAUGAUGUUUACAGGGACAAAUCAACAACAGGAUACUCGCUUUAGCGAUAAGGAGAAGAAAUUGCUGAAGCAAAUGAAAUUUGGUGAUUGCUUGAAUCAAAGGGUUGACAUGGAGAAAGUAAAGCUUGAUGUUCUACGACCGUGGAUCAGCAAAAAAAUCACUGAAUACUUACACAUUGAAGAUGAUGUUGUAGUUGAGUUUGUGUACAACCAACUGGAGGACAAGUAUCCAUGCCCAAAAAAGAUGCAAAUCAAUAUGACAGGAUUUUUGAAUGGAAAAAAUGCUCGACAAUUUAUGGAUGAAUUAUGGGCGCUAUUAUUAUCUGCUCAAGAAUCGGAAACAGGCAUACCGGAAGAAUUCAUACAGCAGAAAAAAGAUGAAAUAUUGAGGCGAGACGAAGAGAAUAAACUGUUUGAACGGGAGAAAAGUGAGAGAGGAAAAAGUGAUUCGGAUAAUUCGGCACCACGAUCAGGACGAUUCAGGCCACGAAGUAGCCGUGACAGCAGUCGAGAACCUUCCGUUCAAAAGCAAUCGGCACCAUCACCGUCACCAGGUCCCCGUAAACAGUCGGCAGAUUCAACCAGUGUACCAGAAAAAAUUGAUGAAAAUGCAUCGAAGGGCAAGCGAAGCCCAUCAAUUGAAAAAAACAAAGAUAACAUCAGUAGAAUUUCGUCGUCAAGACAACGCUCACGCGAUCGAUCAACCGAACGUUCAAGAGGUCGCUAUACAAACUCUUCAUCGAAAAAUCAUUCCGAAAAUUCGACAAAAAACCGUGAAUCGGGGGACCAAAAAGGUGACGCCAAAUCAGCUGCACUUUCAAACAUACAAAAUAAAUUAUUCAAUAUGGCUGAGGGAAAAAAACGAAACCAACGUUCACUCUCACGUUCACAUUCACGGUCUCGAUCCCGCUCAAAUAAUCGCAAAAAUAAAAGUGCAAGUCGAUCAAAAUCCAGAUCAAUCGGAGCUAAGAAACGGUCACGUUCUCGAUCGCGUUCUCGAUCGACAUCAAUAAAUAAAAGAAACAAAAGUAAGGAAAUUCAUAAGAGUGAAAAUAGUGUACAGAAAAAGCGACACUAUCGUAACAACAGAGAUUCUUCACGUAGUGAAUCACCUGAUCGAGCCAGAGAUCGGCCGGCAAAUAAUCGCCGAUCAACAUCACGUCAUCGACGAAACUCAAGAAACCGAUCACCGCGAAAUCGUUCACGCUCUCCACGACGUGAUAAUCGUGAUAUGAAUCGUGACAGAUUUGGAAGACGAUGGUCACCUCUACCUAAUCGUUGGAAUCAAAAUCGUCGCCGUAGUCCGAUGCGAAACAUACGCAAUAACCGGAAUAAUCGUCGCAGUUAUAGCCGAGAUAGAGAUCGCAAUCGAAAGCCAUUGAGAAGAAAUUCACGCGAUAGACAUCAGUCGUCCAGAGAGCGUGACAGAAAACGUGAACGGCCCCGCUUCAGUGACGGUGGUAGUGAUCGAAAAGUCGAAAAAGAAAGUCAAAAUCAGAAGAGCAAAUUGGAAACAGAAUCACCUAUUAAAUCGCAAGCAUCAGCCAGUGAUAAAGUGACAAAGGCCAAGAUUGAUAAAAAACCAAUUGAUGAUGUGACCAAACCAAGUAAUGCAAGGUUGAAUCGUCAAUAUUCGACCAGUUUAUCGCGUACACCAUCACCAUUUUUAAAGAAGAACGAACGUUCAGUGACCAACACACAAUUGCCGAGUGCAUCAAAACCGGACAGUCGAUCAUUGUCGAAAAAAUCGGUGAAACCCUCCGUUGAUGAUUCAAGCGAUGAAUCCAAUUCGUCUGAUAGCGAUGUUAAAGUGGUGACCAAGAAAAAGAAAAAGUAUUCAUCAGAUAGUUCUGGAGAUAGUUCGACUGAUGACGACUUUGAUAGACGUUCCAAAGAAAAACAAAGGGAAACAAAUCGAGAAAAAGGACGAGAACGCGAAAAAGAGAGAGAAAAGGAACGAGAAAGAGAAAAAGAACGGGAUAAGACCAAAAAUGAGAAAGAAAAAGAAAAGGAAAAGGAAAAGGAAAAGGAAAAGGAAAAAGAAAAAUCUAAGCCCAAAGAACCACCAUCAAGUGUGCAAAAAUCAUCAUCAUCGUCGACGUCUGGCAGAUAUAAGCGUCCAAGUGAAAUGAUUGAUGAAUCGGCGUCGCCCAGCAAAAAGGCCAAAGUCGAUGAGUCGGCCAUUCGAAAAGCGCCAAAACGUAAACCAUCGACUUCUGAAUCGGAAGCAGAUUCAUCGAAAGAGUCACUAUCGAAAAAGAAAUCAUCGAAAUCGUCGCGAAAAAUAUCCGAUGACAGUUCAAGCGAUUCCGAGGCCGAAGAGAAACGUAAAAAGUCAAAAAAAACUAAAAAGCACAAGAAACAUAAAAAACACAAGAAACACAAGAAACAUAGUAAAACGGACAACCGGGAAUCACAGUCAGAUGAUGAACGUACAAGAGGCAUACACCGGGGCACAUACGUUGUAAACGAUGCAUUAGAGAAGCAAUUACGAGAGAAAGCACUGAAAUCAAUGAAAAAACAAAACAGCAGUACUUCAGAUUAAAUAGUCCGAAAGCAGUUAAUUUUAUUUGAGUACGGUUUCAUUUUAAUUAUUAUUAUUAAUAAUUCCAUAGCCCAUUUGGCUUCAGAUAUCUAGUGCUCAUGCUGAUUUUUUUAAUGUUUAGUUUACUUUUUUUUAAAUAUGUAAUUCAUAUGAUCACAAUUCUAAAAGGAACACAGUUUUGUGGAUAAAAAAAACCAAACACCCUGAAGGAUGUGUUUUUUCCUCUUAUUUUGUUUAAAUUAAGAUCAUUCAUACGGAUUUGUAGUACAUACAUCCCAACAUAACAAAAAUAAAAAUAACCAAAUACGAUUUCCAACUGUU